GGCAAAAACAACCCUCGCAGCAGACACAGACAGAUUGGACAGAUUGGAGAGCCAGUGGCCCUCAACGGCCUCUUUCAGCUAUCGCAACUCGCAGUGCUGUACAAGAACUCAGCAAACCCCCCUCCGGACCCAGUGGAGAUCACUCUUUACCACCCCAAGAUGCCAGUCGCCGCACUCUUCCAAACGAAGCGCCCUUCUUACGCGAGACACCGCUCCCUCUACCUCGUCUCCUUUGUCCUGGUAGUACUCCUCUGCCUCGCCACCCUCUCCUUCACCCCCGCGCACGCCGCCAACACCCGCAGCAGCCGUGCGAAAGACCGCGUCCUCGCCUCGGACAUCCAAAUCCUCACCCUCUACAAAAACAAGUACACAACCGGCAAGCGCUCCCGCCCCGUCCCCCAGCUCAAAUGCACCAACACAGGCAUUGAGAAACCCCUCUGUAAAGACCCCGCUGCCCUACCAGACGUCGUCCAAUGCCGCCAGGUCGGACUCAACGCUGCUGGUGAACCCCAGUGGAAAUGCGAGGCGGAGCUGGAGGAUCUGUAUAAAUUUGGGACGACAGAUGUGACGUGUGAGGGGUAUGAUUACCCCGAGGACCCGUAUGUGCUGGUGGGGUCGUGUGGGGUCGAGUAUACCAUUUUGAAGACGCAGAAGUGGUUUGAGAGGGAGCGUGACCGCGGGGCAGGGAGGGGCAGGGAAAGUUACCGUGCGUCCGACGACUCCGGAAACUCAUGGUGGGAUACCCUCUUCGGCGCCUCCCACUCUCCUUCAUCACCCCACUACGACCCGUACCCCGAACGAGCGACGCGGGAGCCCAAAAUUACCCAUUGGCUGCGGUCACUACUACCCUUUGGACUGGGAGCGCUGAUCCCGGACUUUGGAUUGGACCCGAUCGCGUGGCUGGGAUUGAGGCACAAGUUUCCGUUUUCGCUGAUUUUUGGAAGUGGGGCCGGGUAUCGGGGUUAUAAUGAUGAUGACUGUGAGUUUGUGGACCUCAUACGCACAUUCCAACAAGACGGGCUUCAGCCUGCCGCGUCUCAUCUGGUACAUUGUCUUAGGACUCUUUAUCUAUAGCCGGACGUCCCAAUCGCGGGUCUGGAGGUAACGGCGGCGGCGGCGGAGGCGGCCGCUACGACCCCUAUGACCACACCCCCGGAAAGGACGACGGCACCUACACCCCCCCACGCA